AUGGUCCAAGAUGGUCUCAAGGAAAUUGAUAGUAUAAUUCACAAUAUAAGAGAAACUGUCAAGUACUUAAAAAAAUCACCAUCCAGAUUAUUUAAAUUUGGCGAAGUUGCAAGGCAGCUGAAUGUUUGUACAAAAAGAGGACUGCGUAUUGAUGUUCCUACACGUUGGAAUUCAACUUAUGAAAUGUUGGACUGUGCUUUUAAUUUCAGAACUGUUUUUGAUCAGUAUGCUAUUAGAGAUGCAAAUUAUAAAUGGUUGCCUACUUCUGAAGACUGGGAAAAUGCCAAAAAAGUUGCUGAAUUUUUGGAAAUUUUUUAUGAUGUUACACAUCUUUUUUCUGGCUGCUUGUAUCCUACUGCAAAUACAUUUCUACCAGAGGUUUGGAAAGUUAAAGAAGUUCUAGAUAUUCAUUCAAAAUCUUCAAAUCUGUUUUUGAGAAAUGUAGCAAUAGUAAUGGGUGAGAAGUUUGACAAAUAUUGGAAAGAUUGCAACAUGCUUAUGGCAAUUGCUGCUGUUUUAGAUCCAAGAUAUAAAAUGGUGUUGAUAAAUUUCUGUUUUCCUCGUAUUUAUCCUGAUUUUGAACAUAUUGAAAAAAUAGUUCAGCUGAAACAAGUUAUGGUGGAUGUAUUUGAAACAUAUGCAAGUGAAAAUGUCAAUGAACAACCUUCAAGUUUUGCUGGCUGUUUUUCAGAAUCGUCCAUUAGUGUUGCGACAUCAUCGAGAAAACCAAAAACCUUUAGUGCUGGUGGGAGGGUACUAGAUAAGUUUCGCAUCUCUCUUGCUCCGAAAACUGUUGAAGCUUUAGUAUGUACUGCAGAUUGGCUUAGAGCCACUCAAAAGAACACAAAAACCAAAACAAUUGAAGAAGAUGAAGAAAAACUAAAUCCAGGAUAUGUCGAAGGCAUUCCAUUAGAUGGUAUAUUUGUUCAUCCUUCCAUGGUUGAAAUGUUGGAUGCUGCUAUAGAGGAUGCCAUUGAGCAUGGUAUCAUUCAUUUCAUCACACUCAAUUCAGAACAAGUCCAGUGA